GUUGUCGUGUGAGAAGUAAUGGCCGACUUCAAGUAUUCGUCUUUCACUUAUUAUUUCUCCCUAACUUCAUGAUUGUUGUGUCUAGCAUUUGUUUGAACUGAAGUUCGUCUUUGGUCGUUAAUUUUAAAUUUUUAAUUUCCUCAUUUUUAUUCACUAAAAUAUUCGCUGUCAAAAAUCCUACAAGACAAGAUGUGAUCAUCACAAAUAUAUACUUAUUAAUUAAAUAUAUUAUUUUUCAUAUAUUUAUCUAUCCAGAUUAGUGAAAAAAAAAAAAAAAUAAAAAAAUACAUAUUUAUAUAUUUUAAUAAUGGGAUCAUCAGUUAUCAUGUGUCCGAUGUGCUGCAAUGAGAGUUUCAGUAAUUUGCGGUCAUUGAAAUAUCAUUUGUUGAGCAUGACUGAUAAUUUGUACUGUCCCGGAUGUUCUUUGAGGUCGGAUUCUGUUGAUGAUCUUAUCAGACAUUUAGAUAAAUGUGGUAACGAUGAUGAUGAUGGUGAUGAUGAUGAUCAUGAUCAUGGCAAUAGACAAAGUAAUAAUAAUAAUAAUGACGAUGAUGAAACUCCAACGGAGUCUAAUAAUUAUAAAGAUACUGAAAUGUUGAUGGAGACAAUUGUUGAAGAAAUAACUUUUUUAAACCCAGUUAACAAUCAAGAGAUGAUAAUAAGCGACGCCCGAACUUUGAAAGUCGAGGAAAACGGUGAUAUUAAAGUAAUAGAGUCCCUAGACAAGCCACUGAAAGGUGACAUCGACUCUCCAAAGACCAUAAGUACAUCAGACGUAGAUAUAGAACGCGAUGAUCCGGAUAAAGAUCCAGCGGAGUCAAAAGACUCACCAGUAAUUCGAAUCCCUGAAAGACUCAAUCAAAAUGAUAAUGAGAACGAAGACAAUGUUCUCGCAAUUUUACCAGAAGACUCAGCAGAGUUUUUGGACACUGAUCAGAAUUUGAUGGAGAUCCAGCACCAAGAAGGUGAAUUAAAUGAGGAAGAGUUGAUGAAAGUUAAACAAGAGAUCUGCGAGGUAAAAGAAGAAGAAGAGAUCGACUCGACGACUGUCUACAAUUGCAGCAGCUGUGGCGUGAGUUUUAACUCUGUGAUAGAUCACAUAAAAGAGUACCACGAGGGUCAGGAUGUCAUAGUCGAAGUAAACGGAGACAUGACUCAGACAGAAGAUCUUCCAGCAGAAGAAACGAUCGAGAACACAAAACAGGGUCUAGGUACUCGCAGUCACCAGCGUCAGAAAAUGAACACCCUCAGAACUGAAGAGUGUGUAGACAGCGAAGGCCGCAGGUACACAAGAAAAGUCGUGCAGAUCGAAAGAUUCUGGGACAAGAAAGACAAGUCAAUUAAUUCUGCAAAGAUGAUUGAGAAAUUUUUCGCCAACCCUGAAAAUGAACCGAAACCUCUCUCGCUGUCCAGCACCAAGACCAGGAAGAACGAGAUGCCCCAGAGAAUGUACCGGUGCAAUCAAUGCCUCGAACAGUUUUCGAAGCUAGGGGAGUUUCGUAACCACGCAUGCUGCAAUGGCUCGAAUCAGUGCGACAACUGCGACCAGGCUUUCGCGACAGUCAAAGCCUUGCAACUUCAUAUGAAAGUUCACGGGCCUGAUGCCUCGCCGACGAAGAAGAGUUUCGUGUGCAGGAUUUGCGGGACACAGUUCGCCUCGCACAAGAGUCUGAGGUUGCACUCACGGAUGCACGCCCCCGUCAGAGCGAGACAUGUCGAUGCUCCGGAGGGUAAACCUACUGCCAGCUUUACCUGCCUCGAAUGCGGUAAAACACUUUCAGUUUCGUAUCGCGAGGCUCACAUGUCGCUUCAUGCUGGGGACACGGCGACUUGCGGUAUCUGCAAUCGUAAAUUCGACUCCGCGGAAAGCUUAGCGAUGCAUGCUGCCGUACACCCGGAACUGGGUGUCGUCCAGGUGUCUAGUGGCCAGCAAGUAACUGAGCCAUCGUCGCCGACUUCGAACACGUCAGCGUCGACGACAGCAACAGCUGGGGUUGAUAAUGACCUCGAUCUGACUAAACCGUACCAGUGUCAACAUUGCGGUAGGAGAUUCACGCGUCCUCAUGAAAAAGUUAAGCACGAGCGAAUACAUACUGGAGAAAAACCACAUGUUUGUGAAGUUUGCGGGAAAAAGUUUCGCGUGUCGUACUGUCUAACUCUGCACAUGCGGACACACACAGGAGUUCGUCCUUAUCAUUGCCAGCACUGCAACAAAAGAUUUAAGGCAUCAUCGGUCUACAAUCAUCACUUGCUGACCCACGGCGAAGAGCGCGCGUACACGUGUCCCUACUGUCCAAAGACAUUUAAAACCCGGGUCCAACUUGCCGGGCACAAAAACAGCCACACAAAACCCUUCCGCUGCACCGAAUGCUCCCGACCAUUUGCGUCUCUCUACGCGGCCCGCGCCCACAUUCAAACUCAUAAGAAGGACAAUAAUUUGAAAUUCACCUGCCACAUCUGCGGAGCUUCUUACGGACGUGCCUUUGCAUUGAAAGAUCACCUGAAAAUUCACUCAUCUGAGGCAGACCCGAUCCUGCCACCGGAACCAGCUCGCGAGGAAGAAAUCCAAGAAGAUUUUCUUCUCAACGAAGAAGAAAUGCUCGAAGAAAUGUUAGAUACUUAAUUAAUUAAUUAUUAUAAAUAUCAAUAAUAAUUAAAAUUUUUGUUUUUUUUUUUAUUUAAUCAGUUACGUUGGGUUCGAUUAUUACUUUAAAUAAUUAUUAAGUUUAUUGUGAUACUUAAUAUUUAUUAAUUAAAAAAAAACUAAUUCAUGUUUCCUUA